GGGCAGCGCCUGGGCCCGGUCCAGCGAUGUCGGAGGGAGCGCACGGCGUCCUGGGCCGGGCGCAGAGGGGACCUGCCGCCCAUGAGGGGCGAGCUCAGGGGUCUCGCUGGAGCCACUGGCCGUGGGGGAGGAAAGGAAGCUGCUCGGGCGUGCCAUUUAAAGUUUUGGCAACUGAAACCAUAAAUCGGAAGGCGUUAGAUGCAGAUAUAUACAAUGCAAUUCCAACUGAGAAGGUGGAUGGAACCUGCUGUUAUGUAACAACCUAUAAAGGGCAGCCGUAUCUUUGGGCCAGGUUGGAUAGAAAACCCAACAAACUGUCUGAGAAAAGGUUUAAAAGAUUCCUGUAUUCAAUGGAAGACUCAAAAGAAUUUAUUUGGAAUAUUGAAGAAGACUUCAGACCUGUCCCAGAAUGCUGGAUUCCAGCAAAGGAAAUCCAGCAAUUGAGUGGAAACCCUUUGCCCGAUGAAAACGGACACAUUCCAGGUUGGGUGCCAGUGGAGAAAAAUAGCAAACAAUAUCGCUGGCACUCAUCUGUUGUUAAUUAUGAGGCAGAAAUAGCCCUUAUAUUGAAGUGCCAUGCAGAUGAUCCUGGACGUUUGGAAAUCAGUUCCGUGCCAUUAUCAGAUCUUUUGGAACAAACCCUGGAGCUUAUUGGAACUAAUAUUAAUGCAAAUCCAUAUGGAUUAGGAAGUAAGAAGCACCCUGUCCAUCUUCUUGUACCGCAUGGAGCAUUUGAAAUAAAGAAUCCACCUAUGCUGAAGCACAGUGAUAUAUUAUCUUGGUUUGAAAGCUGCAGAGAGGGUAAAAUUGAAGGAAUUGUAUGGCACUGUAAUGAUGGACAUUUAAUCAAGGUGGAGGACACAAAGGAGCCCCACUGAAGUCAACAGGCACACAUGAAGUCUGUCCAUGAACAACAAAUUGCAUGAUUGGGGAUCUAAAUUUUUGUGUUAUUAAAAGAACCGACACAACAUUUAUAUAUUUGGUAUGUAAAUACAUUGUGCUAUGAAAAUUCUGCAUUUAUACAUCCAUAUUAGCACAGUUCCACUAUGCUAAUUCCUUUGGAAUGCAACACCUGGCCAAGCAAAUAUGAAGAACUGCAUUUCAGUGGAUUAUCUACUCCCCUUCCUACUUUAUUAAUAUUUUAUUAAUACAGGAAAAAAGAGGGAAGGGGAAAAGACUCUAUCCACAGUAAACUCCAAUGUACAAUCACUUCAGUAAAUUAAGAGAAUUUCACUGCUACUUUCCUCUUCUCCAGUAAAGGAGGAGGCAGACCUUGUUGCUGCUGAAGUCAAGAAGUGAAGAAACAGUGGCAUAAUGUAGGAGGUCAAAGGAAAGUGGGGAAUCCUGUUAUGGCUCUCUGCAGCACUAUGCUGACUCCUCUUUACUUCUUGGGAAGCCCAGGGAGCAACAAUUGUGGAGGCAGCACACUUCACUCCCUGUACAGUGUAAGAGCCACAAGUGUGGCUCUUACAGUGUUUGCAUCUUGUAAGUGUCUCACUUGUGGUUUCAUGAGAUGUUGGCAAUGGAGGAGUAAUGUUUCUGCUGCAGUAUUUGUUUUCUGGUCUUCUGAGGAAUGAAGAAGGGUUUACUUCACACCAUUACUCUUGCAGUGUACUUGUAUUAAUGUACUGGUGAGAACGGAAUUGAAGACUGCAUCAAUCACUAAGAUAGGCUUGAGGUAAACUGAAGGUCCACUUAUGUAAACCUCUUGUAUAUUAAAAAAACAAAAUAUUUCUCUAGCAACGGGUCCCACUUUCUAACAACCUAAUCCCAUUUGGUUAGCUCUAUCAAAAGAUUUUCAAAUACAUUACUAAAUAUAAUUUGCAUACACUUAUGGCUACAUUCUCAUAUUGGUGAAGAGAUAGUUUUGCAGGUAACUGUUAAUCCAGGUGGCAGACCACAGACCUGAUCCUGCAAAGAUUUAAGUAUGUGAGAAACUUUACUAACAGUAAUAGCCAAUUGACUAAUAUCUUGGUUCUUUGAUUAAAGUACCAAGAUAAUAAAAAAAGGAGAGGUAACCAAGUGUAAAAACUAACAUUUCCCAUCUUCUUUUCCUUGAUGAUAAACAUUUCAGUUGUAAUUAAACCUUACUAGUAAUCUUAUUUCAAUCAUUUAAUUAUUCUGAAAAACACUGUAGCAUUACUCACCCCUCUAACACUGCCUAGCUUGCGCUCGGCUUCUGCUUUCUCUUUUUUGAGAAGCUCACACAUUUCUUUCAAGUCACCUACUUGGUCCUAAAGAAUACAAAUAAUAACCAUUUUAUUUAAGCUUUACUCAAUUAACAGGUGAAUUUAAACUUUUUUAAAUUUCAAAAUUUCCAUCUUCAGUUAGUUUACUUUGAAAAACAUGAAACAAAACCAACAAAUAAAUUCCCCCUUGCCAUAUAAUUCAUCACUUGCUACUAACCACCCAGGUUACAAAACCCAUGCCCUCUAAAUUUGCCCCCAUAUUUUAUUCUUUAAUCAAAACAUUAAAUAAUGUUGGUAUGCUGCUGGUCUUCCAUAUUAAGUGCAUUAUAAAGAUCUUAAAAAAAAAACCAAACAAAAAAAUUAUUAGAGAGAGUAUGUGAGAGUUCUGUAUGUUUUCUCAUAAUCUAGAUUCUUAGGGUACAGCACAAUCUAGCUUCAACUAAUAUUUUAUAAUUUAGGAAUAAUUAAAAAAAUAAUAAUAUAUACACCUUUGUUGAUGUUUUCCCAAAUUUCCCAGGAAAACUCUACCCUAGUAGAAGACAUGUCAAUCUGAAAUUGGAUUGGUUUUUUGGGCGACGGAGUGGGGCAUAAAUUGGAAAAGGGCCAGUUUGAAAAUAGGGACUGUAAUGGGAAGCUGGCUUCAACUACACUAUGGAACAGCUACUACACCACUCCAUAACUUAUAACAUAAAGGGACAAAUUUAAAAGGGACCUCUUACCCAGGCAUAUUUAAUUAUUAAUUUUUAAAAUUUUCAAACAUUUAUGUAUGAUAAACUGCAGGUACAUAUUUAGGUCCCUACAAUGGGCAGGACUCUGCACAUACACAACUUCAUUGACUUUCAAGUGCCUCUCUGAGGGUGCAGGGUUCUACCCUUAUGGUACUUAUUACAGGACAGGGGCUUUAGAGUCCUCAGCUGUAAGUAGAUAUGUUUACUUGAAAGACUAGGCCUUACAAGUGGCUUCUGAAAUCUGCCCCCAGUGUAUUUGGUUUUCUAUAUAUUUACAUCAAAUGUAUAUAGUAUGUAUGGAAUACGUAUUAGUACAACAGAGUUCACAGAAGUUCGGGGUUUUUUAAAUGUACAUUUACAUUCUCAAUGAGCCUUUAAAAUGUCUUGUAUGCUAAAAAAAUACCUUUAAUCUUGGCAGAUCUUUAUUAGCCUGCUCUAUCUGGAAUCUUAGUUCAACAUUUUCAGAUGAUAAUCUCAAAUUUUCUUUCUGAAGCUCCUGUUGUCUUUGACAUUGAUCAUCUGAUCCUAUUCCUGAUGUCUUAAGAAAGGGAAGGAGCAGAAUGAAAUAUUAUUAAAUGUUGAGGUAUUAAUCCUUACAUUAUUUACACUGGAUAAAGAUCAAUAAUCUGGGCAAUAACAUUACAUUCCAUAUUGAAACAAAGUGUUUAUGCAGCAAGAUACCUUCUUAUAGAGUUCUCCCAUCAGUAUUUUUUUACCACAUUAAAGUUAAAAAAGCAGAUAGAAAAAGCUAAUGUGGACCUUUGAUUCAACUUCUUCCUUAAAUUCCUUUAUGAAUAUUUUAAAAAAUUGCUUUAAUUAAGUGAAGUGAAGGUAUAAAACAGUAUAAACUUCUGUUUGGCAAAAAUAAACGCUGAUUUUUGAAAUCUCAAAAUUCCAGUGUUCUAAACGAGGCUACUGUACUUGUGAAUAGCAUCUAUUUUAGAGCCACCUUCUGAUACAUUUAGUCACAUUGAUAGCACUUCACACUAUAAUCAGUCCCCCCCUGAAGUCAGAUCAUUCAGACUCAAGUGUAUCUCAACAGGAAAAGGGUAUCUGAAUCUGGUCCCUAGCAAUACCUAGCUCUUGUACAUCACUUUUCAUCUAUAGAUCUUAAUAAAGGAGGCAAGCAUUAUUAUCCGUAUUUUCACAAAGGGGAAACAGACACAGAGGUGAAGUGAUUUGCCUAAGGUCACCCAGAGCAUCAGUGGCAGAGCCAAGAAUAGAAGCCAGGUCCUUUGAGUACCAGUCCACUGCUGUGACUACUCGACCGUUCUGUAACUAUCCAUCUAGGUAUUCUGUAUCAAAUUAAUUACCACAGAAUCUGAGCACUGAGUAAGAUGAACAAAUGCAAUAAUUAAUAAAAGAAACAUGUAAUUAUUCCUAGUAUACUUUUACAGAGACUCAACUUUGAAACAGCUAUAAAUUGUCACUAGCCAAGAGGCUCUGUUAGCAUAAUUUAUGCAAAGUUAGUCUCAGAAGAAAAAGAAAAAUCCCAAGAACCUUUUCUCUUUUUCAACAGGACCAAACUGCUUGGAUU